AUGCCUGACAUCUCCAUUCCACAAGGAAAGCUGCCUAGGAUAUGCUCAAGACGCAGCAUCAAGCUUCCUUCCAAAACAGGCCUAGUGCAGAAGAUCAGGACGAAUGGUGCGCGCCGAUUGUCUUCUAAAAAGCCAGAGUCCAGCAGCCCUUCGGCGUGGGAGUCUGGUGAGCGACAGGACCAACGGGCCGUUCACACUGCCGCAUCCUUCAUGGCGCCCGUGAUCCUCUCUCCUCGAGCCCAAUUGGACCCCACCCCCGUAUCUGAGCAGCAAGAGAACUAA